AUGACGGUUGGGAGCCUAUAUGCCUUUGGGAGGGGGGUGUUGUUGCCGCUUUGUGGAUUUGCCACAGGAUGGGUGGCCUACAGAGCUGUGGAGGAAAGAGGUCUCAUUGACGAGAGCUACCUUAGACGUAUUCGCCUGGGCAACCUCACUUUACAGCUCUAUCUUCAGCAGCACGUACUUCCUGUUGCCUUCACCGAGAAGUAUGGCUACCCAGAGGAAUUUCUCAAGACGAUGAUUGAGCGACUGGGUAGGGGAGACGAUGCCGAAAAUGAAGCGGAGCGCCAAACAUUUGAGCAGAUCUUGCGAGAGUGUGAUCUAAAUGGACAGAUAGCGUGGCUUGAGGAGCAUGUCUUGUAUGACAUUCCGUAUUUUUACAUUGCCGAUAUUUUUGAUGGUUGGUGUGCAUUGCAUCGAUCAUUGUUUACUACGGCAGUUGAGGGCGAAGGGAAAGAGAGCGACUUGACUCGGAGGGGUGGUAACAGCGAUGCCUUUGCUUCAGAGGUAUUAUGCAGGGGGGUGGUCGAGAAAACAUUAAACGGGAUAUUCCCGUACGACGUCGCGGUGCGGGUACUUUGUGUUCUUGCAGUGGGACACACCUCAAAUGCAAGAUUGUUGUCACAACUGAUAUCACCCACGGUCAUUGUAGAAAGGUACGAGGCCUAUUUGAAUGAUCUUGAGCAACGAAACACGAUGGCUGGCGAUAAAAUUCCAAAUAAGGAAGUCACUGCGGCAACGCUGGAGUUGUUGCGUGCGUUGAAUACUGCCUCGGUACAUCGCAGAUGGUGGUAUUUUUGGGGUCGGGCCUCAACAGGGCCCUACCCUGUCGCUGCGCAGCUGAAUGGGGAGAUGUGGUGCAGGUGCUUAGGGAAUUUGCCCGCGGGCACGAGAGAAAUCUGCCCGGAUGGUGCUCUUGUCUUUGCUGACACACUCUCUGAGAGUUUUAGGUGCGGAAGUGGAAACCGUCAGUUGGGGGUUAGUGGCGCAGGAAAAAGCUGA